AUCUUGUGUUUCCACAAUGUUCGUCAGCAGCCGGCCGGCGUAGUUUUAGGUUAGGUUACUUCGGGUCAGUAAACGCUGGUGGGCGUCUGCGGUGGUAUCCUUCGCUGUAAUCUCGCAAUGGCAAUAGAUCUGUAUUACACGCCGGGGUCGGCGCCAUGCCGCGCCGUGUUGCUGGUGUUGGCCGCUCUCAAUAUCGACUUCAACCACAACCUCGUCGACCUUAGAGCUGGAGAACAGUUGAGGCCGGAGUUCUUAAAGUUAAAUCCCCAACACACUGUCCCAACGAUUGCAGACGAUGGUUUUUCACUGUGGGAGUCGCGCGCCAUCGGGCGGUACCUGGUGAAUCAAUAUGGCGGCGACAGCGAGCUAUAUCCUAAAGACCCAAAAGCCAGAGCUGUAGUAGAUCAGAGAUUGGACUUCGAUUUGGGGUCACUGUACCCUAAAUUCGCUCAGUACUUCUAUCCUCAAGUCUUCGGUGGUCAGCCCGCCAACGAGGAGCAUCUGAAACAGCUGAAGGGUAGUCUGGACUUCCUCAACACCUUCCUGGAAGGCAGCAAGUACGCAGCAGGAGAGGAACUGACCUUGGCGGACCUCAGUCUGGUGGCCACCGUGUCUACCAUCGACACGGCCGGGAUCAGCAUCGCGGAUUAUCCUAAUGUCGUACGAUGGUACGAACUUGUAAAGAAAACUGCACCUAACUACGAAGAAGCUAACGGCAAAGGUCUUAAGAUGUUCAAAGCUAUGAUAGACAACCUCAAGCCUAAAACUGAACUUAUGCCGAUAGACUUUUACUCCUCAAAAGCAUCGGCCCCGUGCCGCUUCGUGGAGCUAGUGGCAGCAGCACUCAAGGUCCCAUUGAACCUCAAACAAGUUAAUCUAAUGGCCGGCGAGCAUAUGCGUCCGGAAUACAUCAAGAUUAAUCCUCAACAUAAUGUACCAACAAUCGUAGACGAUGGCUUCAUCCUAUGGGAGUCUCGCGCCAUCGGACGGUACCUGGUCAACAAAUAUGGCGGCGACAGCUCCCUGUAUCCUAAAGACCCUAAAGCCAGGGCCGUAGUGGAUCAAAGACUAGACUUUGAUAUAGGAACAUUAUAUGCCAGAUUUUCUCAGUACUUUUACCCACAAAUCCUGGAGGGUCAGCCAGCUAACGAGGGGUUGCUGAAGAAACUGCACGAUGCCCUGGCUUUUCUAAAUACGUUCCUGGAGAAGAACAAGUAUGCAGCGGGGGAGGAACUGACUCUGGCUGACCUCAGUCUUGUCGCCAACGUGUCAACAAUCGAUGCAGCCGGGAUUAGUAUUGCAGAGUACCCUAAUAUUCUUCGAUGGUUGGAUCUUGUUAAAAAAACGGCUCCAGAUUAUGAGGAAGCUAAUGGAAAGGGGGCACAAGAAUACAAAGAAAUUAUUCAAAAGAUGCGAUCAAAGAAGUAAAAUAUAAAUGCAAUUUAAAAUAAGAGA